AUGGAGGGUGGCGGUGAAGCACCCAUGAGCACCUUCAUCAUGGAUGAGGAGACGCUCAAGAGGAAGCAGAGAGAGAAACUCAAGAAGCUCCAGGCUACAGGUGGAAACCCGCGGCCUGCGCGAUCCCUCCUCUUCCUCACGCUGAAGAACCCCUUCCGCAAGGCCUGCAUCAACAUCGUAGAGUGGAAACCGUUUGAAAUCAUCAUCCUCCUCACCAUCUUUGCAAACUGUGUAGCUCUGGCCGUUUUCAUGCCAAUGCCUGAGGAAGAUACAAAUAACACCAACAGCAACCUAGAGAGUCUUGAGUACAUUUUUCUCAUCAUAUUCACUAUGGAAUGCUUCCUGAAGAUUGUGGCGUAUGGAUUACUCUUUCACGCCGAUGCUUAUUUACGGAACUGCUGGAAUAUAUUAGAUUUUGUCAUUGUGACAAUGGGGCUGUUCACUGUCGUGGUGGACUUCAUCAAUAACAUCAGCGGCGUUGAGGCGCCAGUGGAACAGAAAGGCGGGUUUGACAUGAAAGCCCUCAGAGCGUUCAGAGUCUUGCGGCCCCUGCGGCUCGUCUCUGGGGUCCCCAGCCUGCAGGUGGUGAUGAGCUCCAUUCUCAAGUCCAUGCUGCCCCUGUUCCACAUCUCUUUGCUGGUCUUCUUCAUGGUCACCAUCUAUGCUAUCAUAGGCCUGGAGCUUUUCAAAUGCAAAAUGCAUAAAACAUGUUACUACACAGGCACAGAUAUCAUCGCCACGGGGGAUGACGAGUGGGCGGCUCCGUGUGCUCAGGCUGGUAACGGCAGGCGCUGCACUUUAAACGGAACCGAGUGCCGUGGCGGUUGGCCCGGGCCGAAUGACGGCAUCACCCACUUUGACAAUCUGGGUUUUUCCAUGCUUACUGUAUACCAGUGCAUCACCACUCAGGGCUGGACGGAUGUUCUGUACUGGGUGAAUGAUGCGAUUGGAAUGGAGUGGCCCUGGCUGUACUUUGUGACUCUGAUUCUCUUGGGCUCAUUCUUCAUCUUGAAUCUGGUUCUGGGGGUUCUGUGCGGCGAGUUCACUAAGGAGCGAGAAAAGAGUUCUCGAAGUGGAGAGUAUCAGAAACUGCGGGAGCGUCAGCAGUUUGAUGAGGAUCUGAAGGGGUACAUGGAGUGGAUCACACAGGCAGAGGUCAUGGACAAUGACCAGGAGGGGCAAGGUCUGCUCCCACUUCAGAAGGACGGAUCUGAAACGGAAACUCUCUAUGAGCUGGAGGGACUGAACAAACUCAUGUUUUAUGUUCGACACGCUCGUCGGUGGAACCGAUUUUUUAGGAGGAAGUGUCGUGUGUGGGUGAAGUCCAGAUUGUUUUACUGGCUGGUGAUUCUGCUGGUGUUCUUCAACACUCUGGCAAUCGCAACCGAGCACCAUGAUCAGCCCGAGUCUCUCACCAACUUCCAAGACAAUACCAAUAAGGUGCUGUUGUCUCUGUUUGCGGUGGAGAUGUUUCUAAAGAUGUACGCAAUGGGGCUGCCGUCUUACUUCAUAUCCCUCUUUAACCGUUUCGACUGCUUUGUGGUGUCUGUGGGGAUCCUGGAGCUCAUUCUUGUUCACAUGGAUGUAAUGUCUGUCAUGGGGAUCUCCGUACUGCGUUGUAUUCGGCUGCUGCGUCUCAUCAAAGUAACCCGGUACUGGACAUCACUCAGUAAUCUUGUGGCAUCACUCUUGAACUCUGUGCGUUCAAUCGCCUCCCUGCUGCUGCUCCUCUUCCUCUUUAUCGUCAUCUUCGCUCUGCUCGGCAUGCAGGUUUUCGGGGGGAAGUUUAAUUUUCCAGAUGAGUAUGUGAGACGAAGCAACUUUGACAAUUUUCCUCAGGCUCUGAUCACAGUUUUCCAAAUCCUGACAGGUGAAGACUGGAACUACGUCAUGUACGAUGGCAUCAUGGCUCACGGGGGUCCCGCCAUGCCUGGAAUCCUGGUCAGCAUUUACUUCAUUAUCCUGUUCAUCUGUGGAAAUUACAUCCUCUUGAAUGUCUUCCUGGCAAUUGCGGUGGAUAACCUGGCUGAGGCAGAGAGCCUGACCUCCGCCCAGAAAGAGAAGGCAGAGGAGAAGAAACGCAAAAGGCUUCUUAGAGAAAACCUACCUGAUAAGGGCGAGGAAGAGAAGGCCAUGCUGGCAAAGAAACUAGCCGAGCAAAGAGCCAAGAUUGACGGAAUUCCCACCACAGCCAAGCUCAAAGUGGAUGAAUUUGAAUCAAAUGUGAACGAGAUUAAAGAUCCAUUUCCUCCAGCUGAUUUCCCGGGUGAUGAUGAGGAGGAGGAGCCAGAGAUUCCCCUCAGCCCUCGGCCUCGUCCAAUGGCAGACCUCCAGCUGAAGGAGACAGUGGUGCCAAUGCCAGAGGCCAGUUCCUUCUUCAUCUUCGGCCCACAGAACAAGUUCCGUAAACUCUGCCAUCGCAUCAUCAACGCCACGACCUUCACCAACAUCAUCCUCCUCUUCAUCUUGCUCAGCAGUAUCUCAUUAGCUGCAGAGGACCCCAUCGACCCAAUGUCCUUCAGGAACCAGGUCCUGGCCUACGCUGAUUAUGUCUUCACCUCAGUUUUUACUGCAGAGAUUGUGCUGAAGAUGACCACGUACGGUGCCUUCUUACACAAGGGGUCUUUCUGCCGUAAUUCCUUCAACAUACUGGACCUGAUUGUCGUCGGCGUCUCCCUGCUGUCCAUGGGAAUGGAAUCAAGUGCCAUCUCGGUGGUAAAGAUCCUCAGGGUCCUGAGAGUGUUGAGACCUUUAAGAGCCAUUAAUCGAGCCAAAGGUCUCAAACAUGUAGUCCAGUGUGUGUUUGUGGCCAUCAAGACCAUCGGCAACAUCGUUUUAGUCACGAUGCUCUUGGAUUUCAUGUUCGCCUGCAUUGGCGUCCAGCUUUUCAAGGGGAAAUUUUUUUUCUGCACAGACCCGCUCAAAAUGACGGCGGAAGAAUGCCAGGGAAGAUUUAUUCAACACCAGGAACAUGGUCUUCAUGACAUGGUACUCCAUCAACGUAUGUGGAUGAACAGCGACCUAAACUUCGAUAACAUUCUGAACGGAAUGCUGGCUCUCUUCACCGUUUCGACAUUCGAAGGCUGGCCAGACUUGUUGUAUAAAGCCAUCGACUCGAAUCUUGAAAACACCGGCCCGAUUUACAACAACCACAUUGAGAUUUCCAUCUUCUUCAUUGUCUACCUCAUCCUCAUCGCCUUCUUCAUGAUGAACAUCUUUGUGGGCUUCGUUAUUGUAACCUUCCAGGAACAGGGAGAGCAGGAGUACAAAAACUGCGAGCUGGACAAAAACCAGCGUCAGUGUGUCCAGUACGCCCUGAAGGCCCGACCUCUGAGAUGCUACAUCCCCAAGAACCCGUAUCAGUAUCAAGUGUGGUACAUCGUCACUUCUUGUUACUUCGAGUACCUGAUGUUUCUGCUCAUCAUGCUCAACACCAUGUGUCUGGGGAUGCAGCAUUGUAACCAGUCAGAUCACAUCACCCAUCUUUCGGACAUGCUGAAUGUCAUCUUCACCGUACUGUUCACAGUGGAAAUGAUACUUAAACUCGGCGCCUUCAAAGCAAAGGGUUACUUCGGGGACCCCUGGAACGUCUUUGAUUUCAUAAUCGUGGUGGGCAGUAUUGUUGAUGUCAUACUGAGUGAAAUUGACGCGGCUCUCGCUGCUCAGGGCGGACUGUACUGUCUCACCGGCUGUUCUGAAGUGAAUCCAAUGCAAGCUAUAGCAGACUCUGAGAACAUGAGUGUGUCAAUCACACUUUUCCGGCUUUUCCGUGUCAUGCGGCUGGUAAAACUGCUCAACCGCUUUGAAGGGAUUCGGAACCUGCUGUGGACCUUCAUUAAAUCAUUUCAGGCUUUGCCAUAUGUGGCUCUCCUCAUCGUUAUGCUGUUCUUUAUCUACGCCGUCAUCGGCAUGCAGGUGUUUGGCAAAAUCGCAUUACUAGACGGCACCGUGAUCAACCGCAACAACAACUUCCAGACGUUUCCUCAAGCCGUUCUAGUACUAUUCAGGUGUGCCACAGGCGAGGGGUGGCAGGAGAUCAUGUUGGGCUGUUUGUACGGUCAGCGCUGUGACCCUAAAUCAGAAUACCUACCUGGAGAGGAGUACACCUGCGGCUCUGGAUUCGCCAUCCUGUACUUCAUGAGUUUUUACAUGCUCUGCGCUUUUCUAAUCAUUAACCUGUUUGUGGCCGUGAUCAUGGACAACUUUGACUAUCUGACCCGUGAUUGGUCAAUACUGGGGCCGCAUCAUUUAGACGAGUUUAAGAAGAUCUGGGCUGAAUACGACCCUGAGGCAACAGGCCGCAUUAAACACCUGGACGUCGUGACGCUGCUGAGGAGAAUCCAGCCACCGCUAGGGUUCGGAAAGUUCUGUCCCCAUCGUGUUGCCUGCAAAAGACUGAUCUCCAUGAACAUGCCUCUGAACAGCGAUGGAACGGUAACGUUUAACGCCACGCUGUUUGCUCUGGUCAGAACGGCACUGAAAAUUAAAACGGAAGGUAAUUUUGAGCAGGCAAAUGAAGAGCUGCGUGCAAUUAUUAAGAAGAUCUGGAAACGCACCAGUAUGAAACUGCUUGACCAGGUCAUUCCACCAAUCGGAGAUGACGAGGUGACCGUGGGGAAGUUUUACGCCACAUUCCUGAUCCAGGACCACUUCAGGAAGUUCAUGAAGCGGCAGGAGGAAUAUUACGGAUACCGGCCGAACAAGAAAAACAAAAACACCACAGAGAUACAGGCGGGUCUGAGGAGCAUCGAGGAGGAAGCUGCUCCCGAGCUGCAGCGGGCGAUUUCUGGAGAUCUCCUGAAUGACGAGGAGAUGGACAGAGUGAUGGAAGAGUCCGGAGAGGAGGGAAUCUACAGGAGAGCAGGCGGCCUGUUCGGCAACCACGUGGAUCCGUUCACUAUGGAGAGAGGAACCCCGAUGCCCACCCAGGUGACCAGCCAGCGCCCCCUACAGAUCGCAGACAGCCGAGCAGAUGAGAACGAGGCCUCGCCCUCAUAUGUUAAUUACCACGCCAACACCAAUAACAACAACACUAACAAUCGCAGAUGUGGACUACAUUUCCCAUCAGGCAUCAGUGCAUCCAGACAGCACGGUCCAGUGAGUGCAGCUGAGUUCCUCAUCCAAGAGGCUCUGAUCGCCGGAGGUUUGGCGAGUCUCGCCAGCGACUGCCGCUUUGUGUCUGUGACGAAGGCUGAGAUGGCCUCGGCGCUGAACAUGGAUCUCGCCGUGCUGGAAAGGAAAUCAGCAGCCGUUCUUAAUAAACGUAAAGGACAGUGUUUGUCCAGGAAGAGGAAGGCGGCAACGUCUCGUCCAGACUUGACACACUGCCAGGUGUAAUGUUCAUCAGAGGCGUCUGGUAGAGCGAAAUUAAGGCGAAGACAUAAGUGAUUCAACAUCAGGACUCUGAUAUAACUGUGAGGACUGUUUUAUGAGCCAGUACUACAGAAGUGUUCAAACAUAUCGAAAAAAAGGACUGAUAAUGGGUGUUUCAAUUUACGGAAACCUUGUAUUUCCAAAAACAUUUUAGGAAAUGAUUUGAUGACAAAUGCUAGUCUAAAAACUCUUCUCCGCUCCUCAAAUGCAUAAAACAUUAGCCUUUAUUUAUAUAAAACACAGACAGAAAUAAAGGGAGAUAAUAGUAAUGAUUCAUGAAAAAAAAGAGGAAAUAUUAUGGAGAUACGAGGUUUGCGACAGUAUUCAAAAUGGUGAUAUAUAUCGACUUUUUGUUUCACAUUCGAUAUUUGAUAGCAAAUGUGAACUAAAUUAAAAGAACACUUAUAGUACAACAUAUUUCCCAACUAAAGUGACUCUUCUGAGGUGAUUAUACUGCUUCUUUUGCAUUAUACUGUGAGUGAACUUGGAUGUGACUAUAUUCCAUAGCAUUUCCCGACAAAAACUGAACAUUGUUUUACUCAAAAUGGUCAACUUACCAGUUUUUGUUUAAUGUAACGUUAUGUACUUAUGAAUAAAUAUUAAGUUAUUAUAA